AUGACAACCCAAGUCUACAGCGCCGACCACAGCGCUCCCGUCCUGCGCACCCACGCGUGGCGGACCCCGCAAAACAGCACGGCCUACCUCCUUCCACACCUCCAAACCACCUCCAAAAUCCUCGAUAUUGGCUGUGGCCCCGGCAGCAUCACCACCGGUCUCGCGGCCCUCGUACCAGCCGGCCACGUCACCGGUAUCGAGCCCACUUCCCCUCCGCUUGAAGCUGCUCGUGCCUUCGCCGCGUCCGAGGGUAUCACCAACAUCUCCUUCCAAGAAGGCGAUAUCCACGCGUUGCCAUUUCCAGAUGAAUCCUUCGACAUCGUGCACGCUCAUCAAGUAGUCCAGCAUAUCACAGACCCAAUCCAUGGACUGCGGGAGAUGCGAAGGGUAUGCAAAACCGGUGGCCUCGUCGCGAUUAAGGAAAGUGCGAGUUUACACUGCUAUCCUGACGCGCCCGAAAUGGCUCAAUGGCUGGAAAUUUACCACAAAGUAGCGGCGGAGAAAGGCACGAAUCCGCACCCUGGGGCGCGAAUCCAUGUCUGGGCUCGUGAAGCCGGGUUUGCGCCCGAGGAUGUGACGUGCAGUACGGGAAGCUGGUGUUUUCGGACAAAGGAAGAGAGACAGUCUUGGGGAGGCAACUUUGCAGAGAGAUCUGUGGGGAGCCCGUUGAGUAAUUAUGCUAUUGAGAAGGGGUAUGCGACGGAGGAGUUUUUUGAGAAGAUGCGGGAGGUUUGGCUGGAGUGGGUUGCGAAUGAGGAUGGGUGGUUUGGGAUUUUACAUGGGGAGAUUCUUUGUACGAAGAGGGAUGCAUGA